AUGGCCCUGGCCUCUGUUGCGAGCCUCUCCAGGCUCCUGUACGUGACGUCCACGCUCUUGGUCUUAUUUUUCGUUUUCAUUUCAUUUCUCCUCAAUUACGGCAAGAAGAACCACGAAGAGCGCUCGGUACUGCGGAAGACUGUCCUCAGGACGGCCGUAAUUUGUCUCAUUGCAGGAGCAUAUGUUGCUGAGGCUGUUCUUGUGGCACUCCGCGGAGAUGGUCUGGGGCAGCGCCAGGACCACGCCGUUGCGGCAGGCUACUAUGCCCUGGCGUGGGCCGCCGUCUGCCUGAGACCCCGACUCGUGGUCACGGAGAUCCUUGGCGUGGCGACGCUUUCUCUUCUGUUUGGCGUCGCAUCAUUGCUCAUCGAGGUGGCGUCGGGCGGGCACACACAGAAGCAAUCGGCCGUGCUGGCGGUCCAGAUCAGCCGGCUUCUCCUCGCCGUUUGCCCGCUCGCAGAUUGCCUCUUCCGACGUCCCUGGCGUAAACAACAAAGCGGCGGGAGCGCAGAAGAGGCCACUGCCUUCCUGGGAGACGGCGCGGAGAGCCCAUCGUACGGCACGGAUCGGCAGUCAAUCAGUAGCGACUCGACACGGGGAUUAGGCAUGGCUAACGAGGACGACGUCAAUGACGACGAUGACGACGACGAUGACGGCAAGGAUAUCCGAACGACGCAACUGCGCAAGAGCGGCAGCUGGACCGUCUAUCUCGAAAACUUCAAAGUCUUCCUCCCGUACCUCAUCCCAAGGAACGACGUCAAGGUCCAAGCCUGUCUCGUGGUCUGCAUGCUUUGCCUCAUCGGCGACCGAGUCUUCAAUAUCCUCGUCCCCUCGCAGCUCGGACUCAUCGCCGACAAGUUGCUCGACCGGCAGCUCCCCUACGCGGAUCUCGCCAUCUACUUGGUCCUUACGCUCGUGCACGACAACUCGGGGAUGCAGAUGAUCCUGGCGCUGGCCAAGAUCCCCGUCGAGCAGUUCUCGUACCGGCGGCUCACCAACGCCGCCUUCGCGCACGUCAUGUCGCUCGCCAUGGAGUUCCACGCCGACCGCGACUCGGCCGAGGUGAUGAAGGCCGUAGAGCAGGGCGGCGCUCUCACGCGCGUGCUCGACACGGCAGUCCUGGAGAUGCUCCCCACGGUCGCCGACAUGGCCGUCGCCUUUGUCCUCCUAUACGUCAAAUUCAACUCGGCCGUCGCGCUAUGCAUGGUCACGGCGUCGCUGCUCUUCCUCGCCGCCGAGGUUGUCACAUCUAGCUGGAACGUCGAUAACAGGCGGCGCGUUACGCGCGCGGAGAGGCGCCAGGCGAGGGUCAUGCAUCAGGCCGUCCAGGGCUGGGUCACCGUCUCGGCCUUUAACAUGUUCUCCCACGAGCGACAGCGUUUCGGCAGCGCCGUCGACAAGCACCUCGCCGCCAAGAUGGACUGGUCCAAGUGGGAUGCGUACAUUACGGCGCUAAGUGAGGCCCUCAUCCCCGUCACAUUCUUCUCGCUGGCAUGCCUCGUCGUGCACGAGGUUCACGCGGGGAGGUCGUCGCCCGGCGACUUUGUCUUCCUGAUCCAGUACUGGGACUUCCUCAUCUGGCCCAUCAAGUUCCUGUCGCAUGAAUACCGCUACCUUAUGGCGGAUCUCAUUGACGCGGAGCGGCUGCUCGACCUUCUCACCACGGAGCCCACCGUCUCGGACAAGGAGGGUGCGCCGCGGCUCGGCCCCGUCGUCGAGGGCAAGGUCGAGUUCGACCACGUCGACUUUGCGUACGACGACAAACGCACGGCCAUCCGAGACGUCAACAUCGUCGCCCAGCCAGGGCAGACGGUCGCGCUCGUCGGCACCACGGGCGCGGGUAAGUCGACACUUGUAAAGCUUCUGCUGCGGUACUACGACGUGACGGGCGGUGGCGUGCGCAUCGACGGGCAGGACGUGCGCGACGUGACGCAGGGCUCGCUGCGCGAUGUAAUUGGCGUCGUGCCGCAGGACCCGCUGCUCUUCAACGCCUCCAUCAUGGAGAACCUACGGUACGCGCGCUUGUCGGCCUCGGAUGAUGAGAUCUACGAGGCAUGCCGUGCGGCAUCCAUCCACGAUAAGAUCCUAUCCUUCUCAGACGGUUACUCAACCAAGGUUGGCGAGCAGGGCGUCAAGUUAUCGGGUGGCGAAGUGCAGCGGCUGGCCAUCGCGCGCGUCUUCCUCAAGGACCCACCAGUGCUGAUACUCGACGAGGCGACGAGCGCCGUCGACAUGGAGACUGAGGCCGAGAUCCAGGCGGCGCUGCGGCGCGUCAGCAGGAGACGCACGACCUUUGUGGUCGCACACCGGCUGUCGACCGUAGUGCGGGCUGACCAGAUCCUCGUCCUGCACGAGGGCUCCAUCGUGGAAAGGGGCAGGCAUCAGGAGCUACUGGAUAAGGGGGGCAAGUAUGCCGCCCUAUGGCGCAAGCAGCUUGGCAGUACCGAUGAGGAUGUUCUUGUUGACCUAUAG